UUUGGUUAUAUGGUGCCUACAAUAACCAUUUCCCACAUUGCAAUGACGUCGUCGUCGUUUCUUAUUCUGGCUGCCACAUAUGAACGAUACUGUCUAACAAUUGGCUCAAGUAAAACAAAGUUUGUACAAAACCAUCGAAAAAUGAUCGCUGCACUCGCCAUUUUUAUGGGCAUUAUUAGCAAAGGAACGAUGUACUUAGAAUUCAAGAUAACGUAUAUGGAUGAAUGUGCUGGGGAAAUGACCGAAAUUGGAAUUGGUUUCGAAGAUUUUGUCAUGCAAACACCCUAUCAUACAGGUUUUCAACAUAUCGCAUUGAGUUUAUAG